CAGCAACAACGACCAAGUGCAUCUGAUAUUGUCGAUCAUUCGAGUCUUACUUCUAAAACUCCUGUUGUAAGUGCGUUAUUAUUAUAUGUAGGCCAUAUUGGACGCUGCCAGUAGGUUCCUUUAUGCUCUAACAUGUUAGUCUGCAUGCAAUAGACCCCAAGUGGUAGUCGAAUGUUCAGCUUAAUGGAGGAUCCGGACGGGCAUAGAGAUGCAUCGUUGUCCGAGACACAAUCAUCUGGAUCGCCUUUCAAAAAGCGACGAUGCAGCAAUACCCUACCAACAAAGGAUGGCAAAUGGAUCAAUACAACCAGACAGAUCACAGGAGAGCAGCCGACCUUACAGCAAAACAUGAUGGGAGUCGGUUCAAUAGAAAAGAACCCAUUCGAGGUCGAGGAGCAGGAAGAAACAGCAAUACUGGUUAGCGGCAAAGGAUUCGGGGAUAUAAUAUAUCGGCCACAGCAUUCAUAUGUCGCGACUGGACUCCUUCAUAAAAGCCAGCAACAUUCGAAAGGAUCACGGAAGGAGGAUGGGACGUCACCACCUAUCCCGCGGUACCGACGCAGAUCUCUGGACCUUGAUACAGCUUUUAGUCGCUCUCUGACUCGAGUCGACGAGUCUCCAACUGUAUCUCACUACUACAGAAACGCCUCGGACUCCACAAGACAAACUCUCUAUGGCGAUUCAGCUUUCAAAAACAGCAAUUCUAUAGGGAAGCGUAUUCUCAUACCCAGCUCUCCCAUAGAAAAGCUGAUCAGGACAGAUGGUCCACAGUUUUCUACAAACGGACGUUUCUCACGACCGGUUUCACCUGAAGUGGCAUCGGAGGGAGACCCGGAAUCGAUUCUUAAAACACCUUCAAAAGGAAAGAGUCGCCAAGAACUCAAUUCGGUGGCGGGGAUGGGUGAGCUGUUGAAUGGACAUGGACUAACAACAUCGACUAUGCCAGACGAAAGAAGAUUAUCAGUAUCAUCGCUCAGCACAAAGAGCCCAUCGAGUCCCAGGUUACCAACACAGUUGCUUCCUUUCCGGCGGAACAGCUAUCCUGAGCAGGAUUCGCCUUCUACUCGAACCCCAGCGAGAUUCGCACCGAAGAUAUCUCAUUACGACUCACCUAGAGACGACUCGGAGGAUACUGAACCAUAUAAUUCGCUACCGGGAAGCCCCUCCCGAGGACUGGAAUGGUCGCAAUCUCUCGAGACACCUGCCAGGAAAUACGGUGGCGCUGAAGGAAAGGUCGCCAGCAAUGUGAUCCAGCGGCUUCGCGGAGUAUCGCCAGUGGCCUCUCUGGACGAUGUGCCACAGGCGAUAGAUUUUCUCGGAUGGUCUACUUCCCUGGAGACGCCGCCCCGGAAAGGCAUGCUAGAAAAGAAGCAAGAGAUACAACCCCAUAUCAGCGAGGAGGUGCUGGAGAGACUUCGGGGAAUUCCGCGCAGCAGUUUUAUGUCUGGCGUAAGACGUCGGACCACAUCUUCACAGGAAGACACCUUUCACUCUGCAUCAUCUUCUUUAGUUGGCGAGAACGAUAACUACCGACAGGAGUUUGAAACCACUGGAGACCGAAACCUUGCAGGCGGCGCUAUUGCGGACACAAUCACAACUGCCGACGUCGAGAUGGCGUCGCCAAUAUUGUCUAGGAUCAACUCGCAGGCGGAUCUAGAGGCAACUCAAUAUUCAAUAGAAGUAGGUCGGGGUGUCUCCUCGAUGUUCGGCAGCACUGAUCUUGGAUUCACUCUCCCUAGUCUACUUGUACAGGACCUUAAGCAGGAGUCGCCUACACUUGAAAUGCAUGAACUGCACAGUCAGAUCCUUCCCGACAGCCAAAGCGACAUUUUUGAUGUCAUCUCAAGCACUGCGAUCCACAAUGAGCUGUUGGGCAGAUCAAACGACGAGUUGCAGCAGAUUACACAGGUCGCGUCGUUUUCUGGAUCACAGAUAGAUCCUGAGUCGCAACCAGAGGCAAUAGCGGAUGAUUUUCACGAAGACAAUGCAGGGACCGGGCCAACACGUGGCAAUUUUCACGAGUCAUCAGCCUACCAAACGACAAAUAUGCCGAGCACCGCAGAAGUAUCUGUCUCACAGGAUCUGAACAUGGAGAGUUUACAUCUUGACCCCUGGGUGCUAUCUUCAUCAACCCAAGGAGAGCACGGCGUUGGCAUGGCCAACAAAGAGGAGGAUGGUGAAGACCACGGUUCUAGCGAGCAGCAAACGCCAACGACUGUGGAUUAUGAUGACGAUUUUGGGGAUAUCCGAUACAGCCAGCUAGAUGAUGGAUUCAACGUUGUGCCUGAGGCCACGCAGAAGCCAUCGAGAAGCCAGACCGCUCUCAAGCAGGAUGAGCCGGACUAUUGCGCUGAAAACAUAGCCUGGCUUUCCACGAGCGCCUCUAUGCUCGGAGAUAUCGGCAAUGAUUAUGGCCCAAACGAUGUCACCAUUCAGAAUAGUCAUCAAGUGCCACCCCCGUUUGUCGGUGCCGGCUUUUCGUCUGCAAGUGGUAAGGAGUUGGCUCCUCUAUCUAAAGAAACUCUGGCUAAAGUUGCCAAUUUGUUUGAUAGCGAAGAUGGCUCAGGAUCCAGGAGACUGCUCAAUACAUCUUUUCGUGUACCCAUCGCGGAAGCAACUAUCGUCGCCCCUCCUACUAAGACGCUUGGCGGAUUUCAAACGGCCGGGAAGAAGACACUCCUGCCAAUUUCAAAUGCCGCUCGGGAGAGAGCGGCGCGUUUAUUUCAGGACGAGAAUAUUGAUGGUGGACCGGUGGUGUUACUGCCUCAAGAUCUCGGCGGAUUUCAGACAGCUAGUAAGGAAAUGUUACCUCCGAUCUCGAAUACCACCCAGGGGAGGGCAAUGCGUUUAUUUCAGGACGAGGAUAUGGAUACUGGAUCUUCAGAGCUAGUGUCCCAACAUUAUGGCGGAUUUCAAACUGCAGGGAAGAAGCCACUCCCACCAAUCUCAAGCGCUGCCCGAGAGAGAGCAACGCGUUUGUUCCAGGACGAAGACAAAAAUGCCGGAUCAUCUGAGCCGUCAUCGCGGGGUCAUUUAGAAGUCGCUAGCACUACGUUUGCACGACCACUAGCCCCUCAACAACCAGGAGGGUUCACGUCUGCCAGUGGAAAAAACCUUGCACCGCCAUCUAAAGAAGUGCUUGAGAAGUGGGCGAAGCAAUUCGCUAAGGACGACAUGACCGAUUCGGUACUUCAGAAAACAUCAGAACCCAUCCAGCCGCCGCAAUCAUCAGCAGCAGGAGGAUUUGUUGGAUUUUCAUCAGGAGCAGGCAAAACCCUCGCGCCGAUAUCCAGGGCUGCUCAAGAACGUGCGCUCAGUGUCCUGGAGAUGACUGAGCCAAAUCAAGUGAUUUCUGCGGUUCACAUGAGUCCUUUAAAGCCGGGUAUGGGUAAUAACAGGCCGUCGCUUGGCGGUACGUCUGCGACUCGACCUUUACACCCUGGAACUGGAGGUGAUUUAAAACAACAGCCCGCCAUCUCAAGUAACAUGAACAAUUUGAAACUCAAAUCCUUGCGUGCUUCGUCGGGUACUUUCUCGUUAUCGGGUCUUAUGAAACCGCUCUCGAAACCCAAGGCGCCCUUCAAACCGCCAUUGUCGUUCAAAUCGCCAUUGAAGUCGACGAUGGACGACACUACAAGAUCUCAAGCAAUAGGCACUACAGUGAACAGCACUAUUAACACCAGCGGAGAGAACGUAUCGUUGGUAAGGAAGGCCAAUACUUUCAGGAAACCGAUCAGCAAGAGGACCACUCUGCAUCCAAAUGCCCGCGCAGCCCCUGCGAUUCCGUCUAAUUUGGAUCCUGUACAGCCAUCCAAGAGCGAGCACAAAGAAGAACCUUUCGCGAUGCCCUUGGCCCACCGUGCCACCAAAGCGCUGAAGAGCUGCUUGAUUUGGGAAUUUCCGAAGCUGUGGUUAAUAUGACUAUCGAUAGCGCCCAAUCGUAUCGUUUCGGAGACUGGGGCGUGGAGGACUCGUACCAAAGUUUGGUUGAUCGAGGUGCCUCGCCAGAUCUUCUGUCUAAGGUCUGGGUAGCGAACCA